ACAACAACAACAAAACCUUCAAAACGUGUGGAACUAUUAUUAAUCGAAAAAUACAGAUUUUUCAUGUAAUAAACGUAAAAUUGCUGUCCUAAUAUGAGUCUAGGAAUAGUGGCUAGCCUCACCGGUGAAAAUCCAUCCGUAAAAGAACUAUAUCAAUCAUGGCAGAAACUCUACUGGACCGACCGAGACUCCGGUUCCGUGGUUUUACUGCAAAUGUGCAUAGACCUCACCGGAUACAAAUACCGGAUGGUUUCCGAGGAACCGGAAAACAUUGAGAACUGGGCCGAUUUUGUAACCAACAAAAUCUUGAAGGCGGAUUAUGAAGAAGUAAGCAUUAUUGCAGAUUCAACAGUGCAGAGCGCUUUGCAUAAGUUCCUCGAGCUGUUGAUCGUCCAGGAUAGACGUCAGCUUUUACAAGAUAACAUUUGGAUGGUUAGAAUGAUCAAACUGAUGGUAGGGUUUUGCGAAUCUAACGACGACGUAUGCAAAAUGAUAGCCGGUUAUCUGAGCGCGCUUAUUCUGGCCCAUGUGGCCGUUGUACGUGAACAUUUCGAGAAAAGUGCUAAGCAUGAGCCUGAAAGAUCUUCGGAGCAAGAUCAGGAGUCACAUCAAAGGAAAAAGUUUUUACGCAGAACUGAAAAACUAUUGUUGCGUAAUUCGGUAGAAGGAUUCAGUUAUUCGAUGACCUUGCCACUGAUUGCAGAUAUCAUUUGUAAGCUUUUCGAAGCUUAUCCGAAUGUUUAUGUCUUAGACUGGAGUUUUCUCAAAGUUUUUGAGAUACUCUUACAACAUCGACACCUUAAAACGUUUUCACGAGUAGCCGUCUGUUUGCUUGAAUUGUUGGACGAUGAGAAACAAUCUGAAGUUGUAAUCGAGACAGUAGCCGCCUUUUUUGUUGAAUGUCUAGGUGGAAAAUGUGUCCGGGCAAUGGUAAAUUACAAAAGCCACGAACGUCAUGUCAUGGCUAUUGUUUCCAUUCUUCAAAAGAAAAGCAUUGGAGAACCAAUUUUUGACGAAGCAGUGUCUGAAGUUAUCCGUCAGCACAUGUUCCAUCGAGAUAAAGCUAUUCGAGACUAUGCCCUUGAUUUUCAUGCAUAUUCAAUGUGCACGCCCGAUGAAUCGCCAGAAAUGCGAAACAAAAUGCUCUUGUCAAUCCUUCAUUUGUACUCAAAAUACGACCACAGUGAGCAAAGUCUAAAGGUCCUGAUCACGGAUAUGUGGUCGCUUGAUUUCUUUCAAGAUUUUCAAUUUCUCUUCGAUUUGCUUCAUGAACAGCUGGCCAUCAAUGAGAAACUCUUUAUAUCCAUGUCUUUAGUUUACGUGAUUAAAAUCUGUUUCAAGCUUCUUACAGACGAGCUUCAGCAGAAUAAUUCUACUCAAUCGGUGAACCGCCCGCACCUGCAGAAGAUCCUUAAAACCUUCUGUCAUCAGUAUCCCGAAGCAUUGGAAACAUUUGGCAGUAGUGCUCACGAUAGAGUUUACCUCUCGUUGCUUUCACUGGCCAAUGCGAAAUUUCUAUUUCAACUGGAUAGAGAUAAAAUAAUUGAACAUUUUUUGGCUAAUCUAUUGUGCGCUCUGGAAAAAACGGCCAAGACUGCGAAGAAUUUUGACGUUCUGCAUGGCACGUUGGCUACUAUCCGUACCUAUCGGAAUAUCGUCGUCGACGUUGACUGUAUGUGGACCGAACUAUUGAGUACAUAUUUUGGGGAGUUGUGCGACCAGCGAUCAUCAUUUACUUCGCGAAACAUUGGCAAAGACGAUACUUUGAUUGGUGAUUAUGUUGUCAGCCUUUCGCGCAUGGCAGCCUUUCUCGAGCUGGAUACCAGCUUCGACGAGCAUAUGCCGGUGAUGCUCAAAAUUGUGACCAACGAUUUUCGAUUGCUCGAAAAAAUAGGCUUCUCUAAAAGUGAAACAGCCAUAUUCUAUCGAUUGUACAAAUGCGUCCUGGCGGGUCUGGUUCGCAUGUUGCAUCGCAGUGAUGGCAAUAAAAAUUCGUCGUCGGAAACGUCUGUUGACGCGAGUCUGUAUGUUGCGGUCCAACCGUUCGUGGGCGCAAAACUGAAGAAACGUUCCUCGGAUCUGCUUCACGUAUUGAUUAAACAACUGAAGCAAUACAAAGAUUCGCUUGCCGAUAGCGUCCACAUGUUUAUUAGUUUGUGCGACUGUUUGCUUCUCUUCCAGCCGAAGAUAAACGAUCUUGGCGUCGAGGGGUUGGAGGGCACCGGUUACAAUGUAAAAACUCCAUUGCUGGCAAUGAUGGCCAAAUAUCUACUCAACUAUCUGUUUGCCAUACAAUACGAUUGGUCAGAAAAUGCUGCUUACAAGCAGAAGCAGUUACUGGAUAAAUAUAUCCAGUUCUACAGUAUGCAUCACUCCCUGCCUCAAGUCACCGACACUCACUACAUAAUCGCCAAUUAUUCGGAGGAAACCCGGUUCGAAAAAGGCAUCGAACACCUAAUGGUAGCUAUUCAUCGCCGGGAUCCGUCCGGAUUUGCCGAGGUAAUCUGUAAAGCUGCAUUCAUGCUUCUGCAGCAGUACAUGUCGGAAACCAGUCUUAAGCGAUUCUUUAUCAAAUUUAAACUCUUUGCAACGACUAAAUUGGCUGGAGAUGAAUCUGUAAAAGUAAACAUAGUCAACGUAUUUUCUGAGGUGGUUGAAAAGAUUCUCAAGCAUUGGAUGGAUACCGCCGUUGACGCAAACCAUGGCGAGAUGUUGAAGCUGAUCGAACCGGUUUUGAUCCAUGUACCAGAAGACAAACGUUUAACAUUCGAACCUUUACUUCGAAACCAUGCUGAGUACGAGAAUAUUUCGGAAAUUCAACGAAAAUCGGUGCAUCGUUUCAUCAAAAAAUUUUGCCGUAGCAACUGAGAACUUUCCAAUGUGUAUACGGAAAUUGUGACAAGACUAACAAGACUGCAAUGGUGAAAAUUGAUGAUUUCAAACUCGCCUGUGAGUUGGCGGGGCACAAACUGGAUGUUCGCUCGGUGGCCGAAGGAAAGGGAUUUAUCGUUUCAGGUUCCC